AUGGAUAUAAAGAUAAAAUCAUUACUUGUUUCAAUAUUUAAAAAUAGAUAUAUUGCAAAUGUAUUGAAUAGUCAUAUCAAGAUAAUCAACGAUCAAGAGAGUUGUGGAUAUAGUUUCAAGUAUCAAGAGAUCGAUUCGUUCGAUUGGAUAAUAAAGAAUAACUAUGAAUGCUUAUUGCGUGAAAAGAUUAUUCAUUCGAUUGACGAUAUGUUACCACCAUCUCUUGAAACCAUAAAGUUGCUAUUCUUAAAGAUUACAGAUGUUCAGCUGAUUUCAAAGAUAUACAACCAUUUCAAAUCGUUAUUUAGCAAUGAGUAUUGGUGUAUAGAUUCAGCUGCAAUAACAGGUAAUCUAAAGGUGGUAGAGGUGCUAUUGGAAUAUGGACUGCCAUUUACCAAUCAUGCGCUGGAAAACGCUGCUAAACAUGGUCAUUUGGAGGUUGUGAAGCUGCUGUUGAACAAACAACCCGAGAUGAGAUCGAAUUGCUUAGAUUAUGCUUCAUCUAGUGGUAAUUUGGAUUUGGUCAGUUAUCUACAUCAGAUGGGAGUGGAAUGUACGGUUUCGGCUAUCGACAACGCUGCAGCUGCCGACCACAUGGAAGUAAUGGAUUUCCUAAUGAAGAAUAGAACCGAAGGAUGUUCGUUAAACACAAUCAUUGGCUUGAUUGAACACAACCAUUACGAAAUGAUAAGAAGCCUAUUGAAAAAGAAGUUGUUUUCAUUUGGAAAGUCGUCUGCCUCCCAACGCCUACGAGUAUUCUCACAUUCCAUCGAUAGUUACGCAGAGAAGAUUGUCAUAACCGCUAUAGCCAAAGGUAAUCUGGAUAUUCUAAGAUUCCUGGUGGAGGAAACCAAGUAUGUAGAAGUGGUGCGUCCAACUUUUCUAGAUACUGCAUGCUCUGAAGGUCAUCUAGAGAUUGUAAAGUACAUGCUCGACACAUUCGAGCUACAGAAUAAAAAUCUAACUACUUCGUUGGAGUUGGCAUGUUCCAAGCGUCAUCACGAGGUAGUUGAAUACCUGUUAAAUUCCAGUGUUAAGUAUGAUGCAAAGAGUAAACUAUUGGAUAUUGCAAUGGAGAAUGGUGAUAUACCAAUGGUCACUAUACUCAGAGAACACAACUUUAAACUCAGAUCCAGUCAAUCAGUUGUAAAGAGUGGAAAUCUAGAGAUAUUUCGAAUGUAUAUGGAAUCUCCUAUGUUCAACCUUGCACAUAUAGCAACCAUUCUGUUUGCUGCUUGUGGAAAUGGACAUCUUCCCAUAGUCAAGAAUCUAUUUGAGCAAUUUCCACACAUGUUUGGAGGGCAUACCGCAUUGGAUAAUGCUACAACUUCUGGCAAUACAGAGCUGGUCCGUUUCAUCUUGGAGAAUGUAGCAGAUUUGAAAAUUCAAAAGCAAACUUUAUGUUCUGCCGCUGCACUUCCCUCUCUGGAGAUAGUCAAGCUUCUAAUAGAGAGAUUCCAUGACGAUGAAUCUCUACACUCCAGCUAUCCAGAUGCAAUGAUGUUGGCUGCAGAGAAUGGAUCUCUCGAUCUGGCUACUGAAAUUUAUCAUGAGUGGCAAGAUCCGCUUUGGAACAAAGAUGCUCCAGAAUUAUGGCUUGGAGGAAGUUGGUUACGUUGGAAAUCCAAAGUUUUUGAAAUUGCUGAAGCCAUCAACUCUUUUAAAUAUAUUGACUAUGGACUGACAUGUGACCGUGGCAAUUUGAAGAUGAUUCAAUGGCUAUUGAAUGAUCUUGGAGCAGAAAGAGUUAAUAAUCCUGCAUAUUUACUUCGUUUAAUUGCAAUGAAAGGCCAUUCUACAUUGUUGGAGAGAUGUUUUGAAAAUGAAUCGCUACACGAUAUAAUGUCUGUCUUUGAUGGUGCCUGUCUAAGCUCCAACUUGGCAAUAGUCAAAUGGCUCAUCAAAAUAUCUGGUAACAAAAAGAUCAUUCUGCCUCACCACACCAAGAGUUGCUACCAAUAUCCCAAAAUGAACGAAACUAUUAUCAGUCUAUUUGAUUAUGGUGCUCCAUUUGACCCAGAUAAAGCCAAAAAAUACUUUAAAGAUGAAAGAAUAGAUAGAUUAGAAUUGUUGUUUAAGAAACAACUUUCAAGUCAGACAUCACCAGAUUUACUUCAUCAACUGAUACUCUCUUAUCUUGACUACAGUGUGUUCUAUUUUAGUAAGAAUAUGCAACUAUCAGAGUUAUUUCAAAAUAGAAGAUCAAAGAGUAUGUUCCAUAGGGAGAAAUCUUAUGAUUUGGUAGAUGACAGUUAUGAUCGAUUUGCUAUAUCACAGCUAUUUCAAUUAGCUUUGGUAUGUAAAGCUUGGUUCAUUCAUACUCAAAGAAAUAUAAUAUAUCUAGAUAUCAUUAUAAACAACAAUAAUACACCUCAACCUUGUGAAUAUCUAUUUCCUAUUAGAGGAAAUACAAGUUUUACAACAAUCAAACCAAAUCAAUGGUCAAUCAUACAACCACAGUUUUUAAAGUCUAUCAAAAUACAAGUUUUAAAUAAUAUUAAUAAUAACAUAGUUAGUAAUAUUGGUCUUAUUGGAUUUAAGGAUAGUUAUCAAUCAGAGAUACGAUCUUUUCUAUCAGAUAUGAAUAAUCUCGAAACAUUGGUGUUCGAUAUCCAUAUCGAUGAAAAAUCAAUCGAUUUCAUCAGUGAUAUUCAUUCACAGUUGAAUCAUUCGAAACAAUCACUUCAGCUAUUCACCUAUAUAGCAUCACCGUCUUUUACAACAAAGAUUUGUGAGAGAAUCAUCUCGAUGCAACCUAGUUUAUCAGUUCAUCUUACAUGGAGCGACUAUCGAAAUCUGGAAGAGAAAGUAGCAAUGGUACAAAGUUUAUCACCUGUAUCAUUAAUUUUGUUAGAGCUUUCAGAGUUAGUUGGGUUCGAUUUAUAUUCCGAUAGUUUUCAGCUCUAUCCACCAGAGUUUAAACCUAUUUUUAACAUGAAAUCACUACGAUCACUUGUCACCCAAGGAUACAUUGAUCCCGAUGAUAUAUGUGAUAAUCUCGGUAGUUUCACUCAUCUAAUAGUUAAAUUCGACCCGGAAAUUGGAGAUCAUAACAAGUUUUGUAAUCUAUUAAAAUCAAACACCUCUAUCACUACUCUAUCAUUGAAACAUUGUCAAUCAGUGACAAUACAAGAUCUCCUACAAACCAAUAACACCAUUCAAUCAUUACGGCUAUCAAAGUGUAACAUUUUUGAUAUCGACUUGACAAACAAUAACACAUUGAGAAAUUUAGUUAUACCUGCUAAUAAGGAAAACACUAUCAAAAAUAAUAAUAAAUAA